UGACUUUCGAGUGGUGUUGUAUGUGUACAUAUGCGAUGUCGUUCAGGGGAAAUGUUAUUUCAAAUAUUAAUUAAAUCAUUAAAAUAGUAGUCGGCAAUCUUUAAAAUGGCAAAAAGAUUGACUGAAGAAAUGGUAAUAGCCAGGACAAAAAUCUCUGAUCUUGGAAAAAUUAAACGAUUGAAUUGUUGGGGCAGUGAACUGGUAGAUGUUUCACUAUUGAGAAAAAUGCCCUCAGUUGAAGUUUUAUCAUUGAGUAUAAAUAAAAUCAACACGUUGGCGGAUUUUCAAUUCUGCAAGAGGCUAGAAGAACUGUACAUAAGACAAAAUGAAAUUCGAGAAAUCAGCGAUGUUGUAUAUCUCCAAAACUUGCCCAACUUGAAGAACCUAUGGCUGAGCGAAAAUCCAUGUGCAAAUUCAGAAGGUUACCGUCUGGCCGUCAUAAAGGCGCUGCCGCAGCUCCAGAAGCUCGACAACGUUCAAAUAACGCCUGAGGAGUACCGCGACUCACAGAGGAGAGGCGCCACGCUGCGCCAUCCCGACGAGGAGGAGGAGGAGGUGGAGGCCGUGGAGGCGAGCGACGACGACUGCGCCCCCGGUCGCGGCCCCGGCCAAGUUUCUCCUCCCAGGCAGCGGUACGGAGGGUAUGCGGAGGAGGAGGAGAUCGAGUACGUGCCGACCGAGAGGAGUCCGGUACGGAUAGAGACACCUGAUCCUGAGGAAGCUGAAGAAAUCGAGGAUGUAUACCCCAGAGAAGAUGUAUCUGAAGAGAGCAGAGAGUUCUCCCCACCUAGGCAGACCACUCCUCCAAGAAGAAGAAUGAUUUAUUCGCCUGAACCCGAAUAUGUUGAAAGGAGGAGGAACAGCUAUGAAAGAGAAUCUCCUAGACAGCAACAGUACUACGAGAAAUCCUCAUCUACUAACCAAUCAUUGGAAGAGGUGCUACCCUGCGAAACCGUAUUCAGGGAAACUAAAAUAGUCAAUAGCCAAUCAGCUAGCUGUAUCAAGGAAUACGCUAAUGGAGAAAGAUAUGUCCCUUCUCAUGGCGGCAGCGAGGUAUCAGUCUCAACUGCCCACGAAAAAAGGGAGAGGUACACCUGUCCUGCCGCAGUGCACAGACCACCUUUUACUAGAAGACCAGUGACCAGAAAUUCGAAUAUUCUUUCCGCUGUUCUAUGCCUGGUGAAAGAGUUGGACUAUCCGAGUUUGGAAGUUGUAGAGAUGGCGGUGAGGUGUAGAAUGGACGAACUGGAUGAGUGACGAUAAAAUUGAAAUGAACCAUUGACACCAGACAAAUACUUUUUCAGACACAUACUACAAAACUGACAGCUUUAACUGAGGGUCUGAGUUUUCCAUUAUUACUUAAGAGUUGUAGGUAUAACCUUCUUGUUGGGUUUGAAGUGGAAAUUGUCUUUCAUGUGAAUAGAGAAAACUUAAUUCUCUUUAUCAAUUGUAAUCAAGUCAGAUAAAUGAUAGUCUAUAUUAUAAUCAACUUGAAAAACCUUUUCCACUUCUACAUAUUGACUGUUAAAUUUGUACCUUAAUUUUCUUCAUAGGUUAACACUGUUAUUUUAUUUAUCAAUUGUUCCAGGUUUUCUAAACUAGAAAAUUAAUUAAUUACGUGCAGCUAGCAAUAUAAAAAAUCAGUAGUUUUACUUAUAUUGGAAAUAGUUAAUUUAAAUUUUUCAAACUGCCGCUGUAUCUGAGAAGUUCAGCAGUUUUAAUGGUACAAUUAUCGGUGCAUUUAUUGAUGAUAGUGCAAUAUUUGAUUAUUAAUUCGUUGGGAAUCAGAUAUUCCCAUAUUUGAACAAAUUUAAAAUUGUAUUUUGUUAAGUUUAUCUAGUUAAUACAUCAUGACCAAUUAGUUGAGAUUAUACAUAGUUAUGUGUUGUAAUUUUUUCUUGCCAAAAUUUCAAUCAGAAUUGUUGAAGUUGAACAUUAACCGUAUUCCAUCCAGAAUAUAAGGCAAUCCAAUUAUUUCCGCAGCUUUUUAUAUUUUUGUAAAAAUAUUCUAGUCCAUAAUCAGUAAUUUUGUAAUUUACACUUUAUGUAACAAAUUUUUUAUAAGUUUAUAUUUUCUUUACCAUAAUAUCUCAUCAAAC